AGAGGCUUUUCUUGGUUGCUUGCUGCUAAGCGGAAGCCCUUCUCUGGAUGCGAUUCGAGGUCUGCAGGAUUGAUGGGGUGCUUCGUUCGGAGAGGGCUGUCCAACCCCUCCAGGGUGAGCAGACGCCGUCAGAAGCAGAAGGGGAGAAUUCUGGCCCAGGGUUCCAGCAGGAAGGUGAGAGGCAGCUGAGCGAGAGAGAGGAGCCACAGCGGAAGAGUGUCGAGCCAGGAGGGAAGAGGAAAGGAAGGGACCUCCUGGCUGUAUUAGAGGGGGAGGGGAAGGAGCAAGCUGCUUCAAAUCCUCCAGCCUCAGAGAAGAUCCCAGGAAAUGGCCCGGAGGAGGGUCGUGAAGCAUCGGACCCCCCUGCCAGGUCCACAAAGCGACAGAAAGCUCCCAAUGGGAAGCCAGAGACAACCUGUGGCGUGUGCGGGAAAAGCUUCAGCCGCAGAACGGGCCUCCUGGCCCAUGAGCGGGUGCACACGGGCGAGAAGCCCUACAAGUGCUCGCACUGCGGCAGGAGCUUCCGGUCGAGGUCGACCCUGGUGGUGCACCAGAGGACGCACACGGGUGAGAAGCCCUACCGGUGCGCCGAGUGCGGGAAGAGCUUCCCCGUGACCACACAGCUGAUCGAGCACGAGCGGACCCACUCGGGCGAGAAGCCCUACCCAUGUGCAGAGUGCGGGCAGGCCUUCCGGCAGCGCUCGCACCUCAAGAACCACCAGAAGAUCCACACGGGGCUCAAGCCCUUCAAGUGCUCGUAUUGCGGGAAGGGGUUCAGCAUCAGCUCCGACCUCAUCCGGCACGAGCGGGCCCACACGGGCGAGAAGCCCUACCAGUGCCCCGACUGCGGCAAGCGCUUCUGCAACAGCUCGCAGGUGAUCACCCACCGGAGGGUCCACACGGGCGAGAAGCCCUACAAGUGCCUGGAGUGUGGGAAGGGCUUCGCCGUGAGCCAGCAGCUCAUCCGGCACCAGGCCGUGCACACCGGGGAGAAGCCGUACCAGUGUCUGGCGUGUGGGAAGACCUUCGGGGUCAGCACCCUCCUGGCCGGGCACCUGCGGAUCCACACUGGCGAGAAGCCGUACGAGUGCCCCGAGUGCGGGAAGUGCUUCCGGCUGCGCUCAACACUGAUCACCCACUUGAAGACCCACCGGGCGCGGAAGACGCUUCUGUUGGAUCACAGGACAGACAGAAUGGACCAGAGUGAGCCACGUCCCCAGGUUUGGGCUGUGCUCAGACAGGGGCCUCAAGGAAACGGGUACAGCCAAAUAGGGCGCAAAUGGGAUAAAGAGGAGACGGGAGAGCGAGUCUUCUCAACAGGGACUGGCUUGCCCAGUUUGGGCUGGGGCAGCCCACAGUGUUUGCAGUCUGUCCCAUGGGAAGACAUAAAGGUUUGUGUGCCCCCUGUUGAAGGCACGGCUUCUAGCAGCUGCUGCCCCGAAGGACAUGAAGGAACCUGCCUCAAGCCAAACCUUGGCCAAGAACCCAAAGAGCCCUGUCAGUGCUUGGACCUUGCAGGGGCCUACCAAGGUACAGAGGGUGAGCCUGUGGAAGGGAACACCACCAUCACUGUAGAAACCCAGCGGCUGAAAUUCCGGAUGUUCGGCUAUGAGGAGGCCAAGGGCCCCCGCGAGGCCUGCAGCCACCUCUGGUUCCUCUGCCACCGGUGGCUGAAGCCCGAGCGGCACAGCAAGGAGCAGAUGCUGGAGCUGGUGAUCCUGGAGCAGUUCCUGGCCGUCCUGCCCCCAGAGAUGCAAGGCUGGGUGAGAGAACGUGAGGCCAAGAGCUGCGCCCAGGCGGUGGCCCUGGCCGAGGGCUUCCUGCAGAGGCAAGCAGAGGCCGAGAAUGCAGCCGAAGAGGUGGCAGCACCUGCGACUCCUUCAGAAGCAGGUGGGGCUCCUUCAGAGACCAGGGAGAAGCUGCCGAGUGUGGAAGUCAAAGAAGAGAGUGGUGGAGAAAAUGGCUGUUCAGACGACGAAUUGCUGAGUGGGCGGGCAGAGGGCCAGUUGCACUUGAAUAGCCACAAACAAGGGGACGUGUGUGAGACCAGAAGAUGUUUGCAGCAUCAAUAUAAGCAAGCAACUUCCUCCAUUUCUACGGUGACCCACACAGGAAGCUGCCCCGAAAAGAGUGGUGAUAAAGCUGAAGACGUAGCUCCUGAUUUUGAUGAAACCGCAACCCAACAAAUACCUCCAAAAGUCAAGAAGCAAAGGACUUGCAGCGUGUGUGGCAAGAGCUUCAGUCGGAGCACUGGCCUGAUUGCACACCAGAGAAUUCACACUGGAGAGAAGCCAUACGAGUGCUCUGACUGUGGGAAAUCCUUCAGGCUGCGGUCGAACUUGAUCGCUCAUGCGAGGACGCACAAUGGAGAAAAACCGUAUCAGUGUCAGCAGUGUGGGAAAAGUUUCAGUGUAAGCUCACAGCUCAUUAAACACAAGAGGACUCAUUCAGGGGAAAAACCAUACAAAUGUACUGAAUGUGGACAGACAUUCCGCCAGAGCUCACACCUUAAGAACCACCAGAGAAUCCACACCGGAGACAGACCAUUUAAGUGCUCAGAUUGUGGGAAAAGCUUCAGUGUGAGUUCAGAUCUGAUUAGGCAUGAAAUAUCUCACACUGGGGAGAAACCAUACCAGUGUCCAGACUGUGGCAAGCGUUUCUGUAACAGUUCUCAGAUUAUUACUCAUCGGAGGGUUCAUACAGGAGAAAAGCCCUAUAAAUGCCUGGAGUGUGGGAAAAGCUUCACUGUAAGCCAACAACUCAGCCGGCACCAAAGAGUUCACACCGGAGAAAAACCAUACAAAUGUCCUGAAUGUGGGAAAACUUUUGGUGUGAGCACACUCCUUACUGGACAUCUGAGAAUACACACUGGCGAAAAACCAUAUGAAUGUCAAGAAUGUGGGAAAAGCUUUAGGGUGCGCUCAAACCUUAUUGCACAUCAGAAAAUACACACUGCAAGAAAAAAACAAGCAGUCAACCUACAGAGCAAAUUGUUCUGCAGCGCUAAGACUGAUGCUCGAGGUCGCACAUUUGUUCCAGCGUCUGAUAAGAAAGCGAGAGGUCUUGGAGCACAGACUGGGCUACCUCGAAUGAGGCCGUUCUGCAGCUGGGACAAGAUGGCCGCCAGGGAGGCCACGCAGUCCGGUUUCGGCCUGCGCUUUCACGCGGAGCUGGAACAAGGGGUACAUCGGCGGAUAAAAAUGGAGGAGGAGGACCCACUGGACUCCACCUUAGGGGAGGGAUUGGUGGAAGCCCCUCACAUCAUGCAAGCCGGCAGCAUCCGGGAAUUCCUGCAAAGGCCGCCGGGGGAGCACGACGCCGGAGAUGGGCUGCUUCAGCGCUGGGAAGCCCAGUGGCAGGAGUUUUUAAGGACCCUGGAGUGCCCUCACGCGGAGUGGGAGACCCCGCCGUUGCCGGAGGAGCCCUCCCCGUGGGACGACACCAAGGCCUUCCUGGCCUCCUUUGAGCAGGUGGCCGAGGCCUGCCGGUGGCCGCGGGAGGACUGGAUGGCCCGACUCCUGCCGGCCCUCAGCGGGGAGGCUGAGCAGAUCUUCAGCAGCCUGGACACCCGAGACAGGGUGGACUACGACAAGGUGAAGGGCGCCAUACUGCGGGGAGACGCCCUCAGCAGGGAGCGGCAGCGCCAGAACUUCCGGCGGUUCUGCUACCAGGAGGCCGAGGGGCCGCGGGGCGUCUGCAGCCGGCUGCAGGAGCUGUGCCACCAGUGGCUGAAGGCUGAGCGGCACUCCAAGGAGCAGAUCCUGGAGCUGCUGAUCCUGGAGCAGUUCCUGGCCAUCCUGCCGCCGGAGAUGCAGAGCUGGGUCCGGGAGCAGGGCCCCGAGACCUGCUUCCAGGCGGUGGCCCUGGCGGAGGAUUUCCUGCAGAGGCAGCGGCCGGACCCACACUGGGAGGAGCAGGAGUUGGGGCCCAUUGAGGAGGUUGCUCUGGAUUUCUCGGAGGAAGAAGAGGCCCCGCUGAGCGGGGAGCAGAGGCAGUGCCGCGGAGAGGACGAGGGGAACCUUGAUGAUGGCGAGGUCAGCUCACUGGCAGGUGAAGGAUGGAUAAGCGCCAAUGAAGAGGAGUUGUCUCAGAUGGAAGCUUUUGAUCAACCACACCUGAACAAGACACCAAAAGGGGGGAAACCAGAAAGUAAGGUUUUCCACUUUAAUGAGCAGAAAAACGCUUCUGAUAAUUGGCACCAAGCAGGGAAAAAAAAGGGAAAUAACCUUCAGGAGAGAGCGGAAACAUCUGUUCUUUGGGAGGGUGAUGAAUCCCUUGAUGGGACUACAGGACAACAGACAAUCCACAAAGGGAAGAAGAAAAAGGCAUAUAAGGCUGGUGGAUGGAGAUUCAGGCAGAGGUCUAAUCUUAUUAAACAAGAGAGAAGUGACAUGUAUAAAUGCUCUGAUGGUGGGAAAAACUUCAAUGUAAUCUCUCACUGCAAUUCCCGCAAAGGAAACCAUGAUGAAAGGAAACCACAUAGAUGCCCAGACUGUGGGAAGUCCUUUAUUGCCAAAGCGCACCUUAUUAUUCAUCAGAGAAUCCAUACAGGAGAAAAGCCAUUUAAAUGCCUGGCCUGUGGGAAAACUUUUGCCCAGCGUUCUAACCUCACGGUCCAUCAAAGAAUCCACACAGGAGUGAAGCCGUUUCAGUGUGCUGACUGUGGAAAAAGCUUCUGUUCCAGCACCAACCUUACCAAACAUCAGAGUAUUCAUAUAAAAGAGAGCCCUUAUAAAUGCUUAGCCUGUGGGAAAAGUUUCAAGGUGCAUACUCACUUUAUUGCCCAUAAGCGGAUUCAUGCAAGGAGGAAAUCGCAUAAAUGUUCAGACUGUGGGAAAUCUUUCCUUGCUGCAUCACACCUCAUUAUACAUCAACGAACCCACACUGGAGAGAAACCCUACAAAUGCUUGGAAUGUGGGAAAACGUUCAGCCAGAAAGUUCACCUUAAUGUCCAUCAACGGACCCACAAAAGAGUAAACUCAUUCCAGUGUUCUGAGUGUGGAGAAAGCUUCCAUUCCAGAAUUGGCCUUAUCCAGCAUCAAAAAACUCAUACAGGGGAUAGCCGUUAUAAAUGUUCUGAGUGUGGGAAAACCUUCAGGGUGAAUUCCCACCUUAUUGCUCAUAAGAGGAACCACACAGCCAAAAAACCACAUAAAUGUUCAUAUUGUGGGAAAUCAUUCUUUACCAAAUCCUACCUUAUCAUCCACCAGAGAAUUCACACUGGAGAAAGACCAUAUAAAUGCUUGGCCUGUGGGAAAAGUUUCAGCCAAAGUUCACAUCUUAAUGCCCACAAAUGCUCACACACAGGGGUGAAGCUUUUCCCUUGCCCUGACUGUGGACAAAGUUUCAGUUCUAGUACAAACCUUAUGAAGCAUCAAACCAUCCACACAAGAGAGAGCCAGUAUAUAUGUUCUGAGUGUGGGAAAAGCUUCAAAGUGCAUUCACACCUUAUUGCUCACAAGAGAAUCCACGCAGUAAAAAAACUACAUAAGUGUUCAUACUGUGGGAAGUCCUUCUUUGCCAAAUCAUACCUUAUCAUCCACCAGAGAAUUCACACUGGAGAGAGACCGUACAAAUGCUCGGUCUGUGGGAAAAGCUUCACACAGAGCUCACACCUUACAGUUCAUGAAAGAACCCACACAGGGAAAAAGCCAUUCCAGUGUUCAGACUGUGGGAGAAGUUUCAGGGUGAGGUCUCACCUUAUCACACACAAGCGAAUCCAUAAAGCAAAAAGACCGCAUAAGUGCUCCUACUGCAGCAAAACCUUCAUUUUCAAGUCUUACCUGAUCAUACAUGAGAGGAUGCACACAGGAGAGAAACCAUAUAAAUGUCUGGCGUGUGGCAAAAGUUUUAGUCAGAGUUCACACCUUAAUGUCCAUCAAAGAACUCACGUGGGAAAGAAGCCAUUCCAGUGCUCUGAAUGUGGACUAAGCUUUCGAGUACGCUCUCAGCUUAUUACCCACAAGAGUAUCCACACAGCAAAGAAACCGCAUAAUAGUAAUAAUAAGAAGAAAAAUAAGACUAAUAAUAACAAAACUAAUAGUAAUAAUACAAAAUGCUUGGAUUGUGGAAAAUCAUUCAUUUCCAAAUCAUACCUUAUUAUUCAUCAGAGAAUCCAUACUGGAGAGAGACCCUACAAAUGUGUGGCCUGUGGAAAAUGUUUCAGUCAGAGCUCCCACCUGACAGUCCAUCAGAGGACUCACCAAGGAGUAAAGCUGUUUCCAUGUUCGGACUGUGGGGAAAGUUUCCGUUCUCCCAUGAAGCUUCUUACACAUCAGAGAAUCCACAUGAACGGGAACCCAUUUCAGUGCUUGGACUGUGGGAAAUCCUUUGUAGCCAAGUCACAGCUUGUAAUACAUCGGAGAAGCCAUACAGGGGAAAGGCCCUAUAAAUGUUUAGACUGUGGGAAAGGGUUUAGCCAGAGUUCAAACCUUAUUAGGCACCAGAGAAUUCACUCAGGGGAGAACCCCUAUAAAUGUUCAGACUGUGGGAAAAGUUUCUGUUCAGAUGAGAAUCUUAUUAAGCACCAGAGAAUUCACACAUAAAUAUACAAGAUUGUGUAUAUGCUCACACACUGGUGGAAGGCUGUAGAAGAACCCACACUGUGGACAUUACCUAUAGACUACAGUGACAAAUUGGAUUUUAUUGGUGGUCACCAGUAGGAGGAACCAUUUAUGAAAAAAAAAUCACACUGCUACUCAGAAAGCUUCUGUUAUACCUUAAGAAUUUGCUACUCAUCAGAGAAUCCAUGAAGCAAAUAUUGGAUGUAAAUGCUUAGAUAUGCAAGCGCAGGCCUUUCUCUGCAUUCAAAAACCCACAGUCAGAACUCAAACUUGCAACAGUUUCUCAGCUCAGGACCUGAGAAAUGUCAAGGGGAUUCCCUCUGUGUUCCAUCACAAGGGAAAGCAGCAACAAUGUCUCUUGACACAAAUAGUUCAGAGUGAGUUUUGAGGUACUCCUUGACCUCUGUAAGAACUUCCAGGUCUCAUGGGCUAACUCGUGUCCCUGUGAAAAGCUGCUUAGGGCACUGUGCUUUUCCUUUGCCAAUAAGAGAAACUCAGACUGAGUAUUUUGUUUCUUUUAAACAACUAUCAGAAAUCUACACAGGAGAGAAGCCAUAUAAAAGAUGUAGAUUCUGGCUAGCCCUCCAGCUUUAGUCAUCACUGGGGGAUCGAAACACUCAAGAAAAAAAGUAUUUUCUUCAAAAAGCCAAUCUUCUGACCAACUGAGAGCUUUUUGUCUGACAGUGAUUUUUUUUAAAGGUCCUUUUGGAAGGAUGUGCCAAUGAGGUGGUCUUUCUCUUGAUCAAAUAUCACUGUUGUCGUAUGACAUGCUGACCCUCCAGGCUACCAAAUAUCACAGUGUUCAAGGACCUUGCAUCAGCAAGCGGAUUCAUCUUGGCUUAUUUUGGAGUCGCUUGGAUAGCAGCUGAUUUGCUGCAUGUACCCCUGUCCAACCAAUGUUGCAAAGAAGCAAAUUAAAAACCAAGAAGACAGGCCAUAUAGGGGAAAUAAGAAGCAGGACUUCUAAAUCAGCGGUAACUUCUUCUGUAGGUGUGAAUGACUGCAGUUCAGAGUGGAAACUUUGAAGUAACACAAGUCGCUCCUUUUAUAUUCAAAACCCUGGAACUGCCCGGUGGGCAAGUGUGUAUAUGUUGGCACGGCUCCAGGUAGAAAAAUUGUGGGGCGGCGAAGCUCUGUGCCUGGUAAGGCCCUUCCAAUCAUGUGCCUGGAUGUGAUGUCACAGAGGCUCUGUCCAAUGGGAGCUAGAGAACCUGCUUUGAAGCCCUCCCUCAUCAUUUGCAUCCCCACCACUGCAGAAGGUUUUGGAACCUGGUCUUCCACAACCAAAGAAAAGGCUCAAGCAAUACACCUGGAUACGAUGUCAUAGAGACACGAGCCAAUCAGCAAUCAUGGCUUUGGUAGAAGACUGCCCUCCCCUCGCCAUAGCAAACGUGGAUAGACUCGCUCGCUCGCUGCAGAAUGGCUUUUCCCCGCAACCACUCUUUGCCACACGAUGAGAUUUUAUGGACUUCUCAACCGUCUGAGGAUACAAGAAUUAACCAGAGUCUCCCAAUUGCACAAGAGUUGCCCUCACAAGCCUGUUUUUAAUGCAAGGCUUUCUGGAUUUCCUCAGCACUGCAGGCUGCUUAGACUGAAACUAGGGUCAAAAGAUAACUGUUGUCCAUCAGCUCUCCAGUCAGGUACAGACCACCUUUUGGCGCAGGCUUUUCCCCACUUUGGAGCUUUCCCUCCGCAGAAGCAGUGGCUUUUCUGGAGGGUGUCCAAAGAGUUCUUGCUCUCCUUCACCACGCAUUCAAAAUAACAGGUGGCGAUGUUGUAUUGUUUUCCAGUCUGCAUAUUUUGCCUUCCCAGGUGUGCUCCUCUUACCCACCCGUCCCCAUCCAUUUCUAAUGAACUGAGCUCUCCUGUCAGCUACAUUUGGCAUCAGUUUCUGUGCAUUCUUCUACACUUCCACUUUAAGGCUUUGGGGAAAUGUUGGAAUUUCAUGGAAUCCAAUGUAUAUAUUUUCCUUUAAAGGGAUUAUAUUGCUAUUGGGCUGUUUCCAGUAGUGAUCUGUAUUUUGUACAAUAUGGUUACCUAGCGCAGUAUCAGAAGAUCUUCCCUUGUGUGCCCCCCCCAGGCAUUGAAGGGGCAAGAAAAUUCCACCAGUGUUUGUUUCCCAACUUGUUUUGAGAAUGUCUCUUUAUCCAGAGCAGUUCUGAGUCCUCCUGAAGCUUCUAAAUGACAGAAGGUUUAGCAGCAAGGAAGCAUUAUUUCAUUUCAACAGCCUUUGUCUCUCAGUCUUUGAUGUCCUAUGACAUGCUGACCCUCCAGGCUACCAAAUAUCACAGUGUUCAAGGACCUUGCAUCAGCAAGCGGAUUCAUCUUGGCUUAUUUUGGAGUCGCUUCGAUUGCAGCCGAUUUGCUGUGUGUACCCCGUCCAGUGUUACAAAGCGGCAAAUUAAAAACCAAGAAGACAGGCCGUAUAGGGGAAAUAAGAAGCAGGACUUCUAAAUCAGCGGUAACUUCUUCUGUAGGUGUGAAUGACUGCAGUUCAGAGUGGAAACUCUGAAGUAACACAAGUCACUCCUUUUAUAUUCAAAACCCUGGAACUGCCCGGUGGGCGAGUGUGUAUAUGUUGGCACGGCUCCAGGUAGAAAAAUGGUGGGGCGGUGAAGCUGUGUGCCUGGUAAGCCGCAAAUGUAGUCAGAACUUCCCUUGAUAAGAAGAAUAAAUAAUAGUUAUGUAGUUUAUAAUUGCCCUUCAUUCUUAACAAGGGCAAAGUAUAGAAUAUAACAUAUAUGCUAGGGUAGUGUAGUGGUGAAGAUGUUGGACUGAGAUUCCAUAGGACCAGGUUUUGAGUCCCCACUCAGCCAGAGAGUGGCUUUGGCUCAUUCUAACCUACCUCACAGGGUUGUUGUUGGGAGGACAGUGUUGAGAGUGGAGGAGGAGGGUUCUGCGAGGCUCCGAGUUCCUCAAAGGACAGAAGGUGGGAUAUAAAUACAAGCAAAUCAAUAAAAAGAACUGCUUUGGAUGAAUAAACAUUCUGAAAACAUGUUAGAAACCAUAAGCAAUGGUAUUGCCACCUUUUCAAUUUUGAGAGCUGUUGUUUUAAACUGCUUCUGUUGUUGUUUGUUUUCUGGCCAUGUAGUUGCUGAAAGUGCUAGGCUUACCGGACUGCAACAAUUUUAAUUAUCCCCCACCCCCACCCCCCACAGCCAAAGCUAUUUGGGUGGUUGACACAGUCCAUAAAAGCAAAUAAAAUGCAAUUUUAAAAAUCGGAAGACAUAUUUAAAAGUUUCAGAUGGCUAAAAGCAGAUGAUACAAACAGACAAUAAUGAGGAAUAAUAAAAAAGGGUAACUGCAAAA